ACGUCGUCGAACUCAUUUGACAGACCUCGGGUUCAAAAUAUAAUUAAAGAUCAUCGGAUACAGCGACGGGUGCGCGGACGGAAUAACGAACGAAUGAAGCUGGAACAAUGGCCAACCUGACAGUCCCAAAACACAGCAGCUAAUAGAGGGGGAAGAGAAAGGAAGUCUCUGGUAGAAAACAGCUGUCGGAUGAAAUAAAACAAGACAACGUGUAGAUUGUAUAGUCGCUUAAACGGUGAAUUCAGUGGGACAUAGUAACCAUAACAUUGCGAUAUCUAGCAGCGGGUCGCGUAAAUGUACGAGUAAAUAAAUAUAUAAAUAAAUAAGAGCGUGGCGAGCGUCAUCUGCAGUGUGUAGCAUCUACAUCUACUUGCACCACCUGAAGACAACGACCGACAGUGACUGCUAGGAAAUAAAGGAACGGCGGAAAACCACGAGCUAUACCAGCGGAGAAGAAGGGCGGCAGGCAACAUCACGGAGACGGUCAACGUCCUUGUGAUAGCCUACAAAAGUAAUUGAACAGCGGGUUCUCGUGUUUGAAGGGGUGUCAGUGCUGCAGCGGCCGCCGUGAUGCUGUACACAUAGGCAGGUUUGAAGCAGUUCAUCCCCGCCCUGUGUGGAUCCGCCGUGAGACCGAACCGAACCCACGGUACAUUAACGGAAUAUAGGGGGACGUUGGAAGGCGAAGAACUAUUGACUGGUAACGUGACAAUAACCUUUAAUAAUAAGCGAUGUAUUUGUACAUGUGUGGAGGAGAUAUUUGACAGGAUUAACAUGGAAUAAUCUGGUCCAUUAUAGCAGCAUGUUCAGUCCAUCCGAGGUUUAAUACGGCACCGAUGUAUGCAUCCAGUCUAUAAAUAUUUAAAUAAAGACCAAAAUAGGCCGAUGACUUUCUGGUGACGACAGUACGGCAGAGAGGUCUUUAUUUGAGCAAUUUAUGUUCACCAUAGUGUCUCUUCAUGACGAUAUAAACAAUUACAUCCACCCCUUGUUAUUUCCGAUGCUAUUUUGGGGGGAUUCAAAGUAACACAAGCACUAGACAAAUUGAACACCAAACGUUUUUUUCCAUCCAGGUUAGUUAACGUCUGUCUUUAGUCCUUCCCUGCUCGUUCAUUUCCAUUUUUUUUCUCCAAUUCAAGAAAAAUCUUUUAAGUCAUUAGCAAGGUAAUAAGACUAUAAGGUAAGAGCCGACCCACGCCACUGGCUUUCCCUUCUCGAACAAGCCUCUGCCGAGCACCACCUUUGCAGCGAUGGAGACCCCUACGAAGCUACCUCCAUCGAGCCCAUCAUCCCCGACCACGGGCUUCUCUGUGCCGAGCGCGGAGAAGGUAGACGGCUUCCCCCGCCGCUCGAUGCGCCGUGCCCGGCAGCGACGGUCCCAUAGCUCGUCACAGUUCCGCUAUCAGAGCUCCCAGGUGGAGCUGACGGCGCUGCCCUUACUUAAAGAUGCUCCUGUGGCAGAACUUCACGACUUGUUCUGUAAGAAGUUACAACAGUGUUGUGUGUUGUUUGACUUUCUGGACUGCGUUGCUGACCUGAAGGGGAAAGAGAUCAAACGUGCGGCUUUGAAUGAGCUCGUGGAGAGUGUGGCCACCAGCCGUGGGGUCCUCAUUGAACCCCUAUACCCAGAGGCCAUUAAGAUGAUAUCAGUGAACAUUUUUAGAACUCUCCCACCCAGUGAGAACCCUGAGUUUGACCCAGAGGAGGAUGAACCAGCUCUGGAAGCCUCCUGGCCACACUUACAGUUGGUGUAUGAGUUCUUUUUACGCUUUCUUGAGAGUCCAGAUUUUCAGCCUUCACUUGCCAAGCGCUACGUGGACCAGAAAUUUGUUCUUCAGCUGCUAGAAUUAUUUGACAGCGAGGACCCCAGAGAGAGAGAGUAUCUGAAGACUAUACUGCACCGUGUCUAUGGCAAACUCCUGGGCUUGAGGGCCUACAUCCGCAAACAGAUCAACAACAUCUUCCUCAGGUUCAUUUAUGAAACUGAGCGUUUCAAUGGAGUUGCCGAACUUCUGGAGAUUUUGGGAAGUAUCAUUAAUGGCUUUGCUCUGCCCCUCAAAUCAGAGCAUAAGCAGUUCCUGGUGAGGGUCCUGAUCCCCCUGCACACUGCCAAAUCUCUCUCCAUUUUCCAUGCGCAGCUGGCUUACUGUGUGGUGCAAUUCAUGGAGAAGGAUGCCACUGUUACAGAACAUAUCAUCAGGGGGUUACUGAGAUACUGGCCCAAAACAUGCACUCAGAAAGAGGUGAUGUUCCUGGGGGAGAUAGAGGAAAUUCUGGAUGUGAUUGAACCAUCUCAGUUUAUCCGUGUGCAGGAGCCUCUAUUCAAACAGAUUGCUGCCUGCAUUUCCAGCCCUCAUUUUCAGGUUGCAGAGCGGGCUCUGUAUUUCUGGAAUAAUGAGUACAUUCUGAGUCUAAUAGAGGAGAACUGCCAGGUCGUCCUGCCUCUGGUCUUUGGCACACUGUACAGAGUUUCCAAAGAUCAUUGGAACCAGACGAUCAUCUCUCUUAUCUACAAUGUGCUAAAGACAUUUAUGGAGAUGAACAGCAAGCUCUUUGAUGAUCUCACUGCCUCCUAUAAAGUGGAGAAACAGAAGGAACAAAAAAAAGAGAAGGAGCGAGCCGAGCUGUGGAGGAAUAUGGAGGAGCUGCAGGAGAGGCGGCUACAGAGUCUGACCGAGGACAGCAGAAACCAGAAAAACCUACAGGAAAGAGAGAACACUACCAAGAGCCAGUCAGAGACCAGUGCUGCCAACACCACCUAGAGACCACACACAAACAUACACAAAGUCACAAACAAAUAUCAAUAAUACCGACUCGGGAACCAGUCAAUGCCUCAAUUUCAUCUUCUGAAACACACACACAAGGUGCAGACACUUCUAUCAUAAGCACCCCACUGAGCACAUGUACAACAGGCUGUCCAUAUGUAGAUAUGUUACAAACACUGAAGCACACAUCACACACUGAGUGAGAUAUAAAAGCUUAAAAAAGGGGUACCUUUCACAUGCAUCCAACACUUUCAUAUGCUUUUCACACACUAGCCUUUCUGCAUCUUUUCUUUCUAUUCCUACACACUGGGAUUAUGAACUUCAAAUAUACCUGCAUGGGGUCCAAACAUGGAAGACACACAUGCUCACACUCAAAAUCAAACACAUACAGUAUGCAUCAUUCAUUAUUGUCAUUCAAGAACUGGCUCUGUCUCUCUCAGGCCCGAUCCAAGGCCCGUUGUGAACUGACCAACAGACUCUGCAUCCUGUCAAACAUGGAAGAGAAAUUAAGUUAAUAAUGAUGAUCCUAAAGAUGAAAAUUAUAAAAUUAUAAUGUUCCUACUUCUACAGCUUAUUCUAUAAAAGUACCACUUCUAUGCUACUAUAACUGAUGUUAUAUAUGUGUGUGUGUGUGUGUGUGUGUGUGUGUGUGUGUGUGUGUGUGUGUGUGUGUGUGUGUGUGUGUGUGUGUGUGUGUGUGUGUGUGUGUGUGUGUGUGUGUGUGUGUGAUAUCAAAGUCUGAUUAUAGUGUUGGUGGGGGUAUUCUAGUGUAGCACCUCUUAAACAUGACUGAAGUACGCUGCUACGUAAAACUAAACUUGUCCUGAAGUGACAACAAUACUUUAGUCUGUUCGUAUCAUGUUUUUUUUUUUAAACAACAUUCAAAACAUUUUAUUUCAUCAAUAUUCCCAUCUGGGGUUUUUUUUUAAAUCAUUUUUAAAUUAUGUUAUCCCCUUUUCUCCACAAUUUGAAAUGCCCAAUUCCCCUCCUCGUGGUGGCGCGGUUACUCACCUCAAUCCGGGUGGUUGAGGACUUCUGAGACCAUCAAUCUGUGCAUCUUAUUAUGUGGCUUGUUGUGCAUGACACCGCGGAGACUCCGUAUGUGGAGACUCAUGCUACUCACCGCGAUCCACGCACAACUUACCACGCUCCCCAUUGAGAACCCCUAAUCGUGACCACGAGGAGGUUACCCCAUGUGACUCUACCCUACCUAGCAACCGGGCCAAUUUGGUUGCUUAGGAGACAUGGCUGGAGUCACUCAGCACACCCUAUAUUCGAACUCUAGACCUAGAAUUGCGGCUGCAGGGGUGGUUGUCAGAUCUGUUUUGAAAAAUGUGUCAUACAAUUAUUUAUUUAUUUAUUUAUUUUUCUUCAUUUUGCUUGAUAAAACACUCUCUUUUGUGUUUCAGGACAGAGUCUUAAUUUUGUAAUCUUGUUUUUUGGAUGUUUGUUUUUUGUUUCUUAUAUUUAUUGAUGUAGAGGCUUGAUAAUGGAAAGGAACGGCAUGUGUAUAGGCAUAUUGAGAAAGCAUAGGAAGAGAUUGUUCUGAUGUGUGUGUGUGUGUGUGUGUGUGUGUGUGUGUGUGUGUGUGUGUGUGUGGAUGAUGUAGAGAAGGGGUGUAUUACUAUCUAUAGUUUAGAAGAGAACAGGGAUUAAAUGAGAAUGUACUAUCCACUUUGAGUGUGUUUAUAUGCUCAAAUGAACUGCCACUGGUGAUUAUUGAUUUUCAGUAGUCUCUCUCACUGAGAAAAAAAAAAUGAAAAGAGCAAACAGUAUCACUCUUGUUCUUGUUUCAAAGAAAGCAACCAGGUUGACUCCCCUUGUUUGACCUCUAAGAACUAGUAUCUGCAGAAAUAAAACAUUUCAUAGUAACAGUAUGGAAAAGAGAAGUGAAAUAGAAUAGAGAUGGCAAUAAAUAUGGACUGAAAUUGUACGCAUACGUAGCAUCACUUAAACUAGAGUUGCACUGUCCUUUUGAUCAAUGUCUUGUGUUUAAACAUAGCAAUGUAUUUUUGGGGGACAAACGCCUUUGGGAUAUGAAUGUAUAAAAGUGGGAUGUAAACAUGAAAACGUGUGUUUAAUA